AUGCCCAUCAACUUUUUCAAAGGGCACCCACUGUCUCGGCUUUUGCCCGCAAAGGCGAUAUCGCUGGCAUACUCAUCUGUGCUCCUGACCUCGUACGACGAUUACGAGGGCAAUCCCGACAAUCGCAAUCCUUUGACCUAUGGCACUGAUGAAGGCAAUUUGGAUGUACGCAAGACCAUUGGCGAGUGGGUUGGUAAAUACUACGAUCGUCGUAUUGAUCCCGAUACAAUCUGCUUAACUGGGGGAGCAUCUUACGGUUUUGCCAACAUUCUUAAUGCAUGCACUCAUGUUGACUAUACUAAACAUGCUUUUGUCGUCAGUCCCACGUAUUAUUUGAUCAAUGGUGCUCUACUUGAUGCCGGGUUUGAAGGGCGUAUUCUGGCUGUCAAAGAGACCCCCCAACUGGAAUAUGACAUUGAUUUAGUGGCUCUCGAAAAGCAACUUAUCAAACACUCGCUAUCAGCCAACACUGGAACGAUUAUUGAAGAUCCUUCACGUGGAAAGUGGAAGUAUUACAGUUUUGUAAUGUACAUGGUUCCCACUUUUUCCAACCCUGGUGGCUUAACUUACUCUGUAAAGACAAGAAAGAAGUUGUUAGAGAUAGCUCGGGCUUAUGAUAUGUUGGUGGUUUGUGACGAUGUCUAUGACUUGUUGGAUUAUCGUGAGAAUCCGGAAGUGAUUCCAAAAGUGGUACAUUUAGAUAUCGAUUCCCGUAAUCCUGAAAACCAAUACGGGAAUUGUAUCUCCAAUAACACGUUCUCAAAAAUACUUGCCCCGGGAAUUCGUUUCGGAUGGCAGGAAUGUCCCAGUGCUAAAUUGGCUUGGCAAGUCGCCAAUACCGGUGCUAAUAAACUGGGUGGUACCCCGGGUCAAUUGGCUCUGACCGUUGUCGCUAAAUUGAUUGAGCUGGGCGAACAAAAUGAAAUUAUUGCACAGUUCAUCGACAUCUAUAGAAAUCGAGUACUUCGGACAAAACAAUCCAUCAAGAAGUACUUGCCAGAGGGAACCAAAGUAUGGGGUGGCGAUGGAGGAUACUUCUUGUGGGUCGAAGUUGCAGAGGUUCAAGACCAUUCGAAGGUAGUUGAUCUGCUAGAGAAGAAGGGCGUAAUACUUGCCGCAGGACUAAAUUUCGAAGUAGUUGGUGACGCUCUUGGAUGGGGGAAGCAUUACGUUAGAUUGUCCGUGCUGUACUUGGAAGAGCAAGAUAUUGAAGAAGGAAUUAAACAGUGGGGCAAAGAGAUUGAGGCCCAGCUUCAAAAGGAAUUGGAUGAAGCUGAAGUUGGUCGCCUGGCUCGCUUAUCUAUACUGGAUAGCCUGAUGAUUGUCCUCACAACUGAGUUUAAAGAGAAAACGUAA